AUGGAAGCCUUUGAGAAGAAAACGCUUAAAACCACUCGGGGAUAUGUCUACACGUACUACACUAUUAACGGCGACGACUCGUAUCCCACGCUCUUCUUUCAGCAUGGCUGGCCAGACAAUGCUGGAAUGUGGAAAGACGUCGCCGCUCCCCUUUCUGUUACCAAACAUCCCAUAAUCGUCCCUGACCUUCUGGGAUACGAUGGUACCGACAAGCCUACCGAUCCUGCUGAAUACAGAUGGGACAAGAUGUUACCGGAUCUUAUCGAGAUUGCCGACAAGGAGAACAGGGCGAAGCUGAUAUCAAUCGGCCACGACUUUGGCUCGGUCUGCGCCUCUCAUUUGUACUGUUACUACCCUGAUCGCGUCGUUGGUCUUAUCAACAUCAACGUUCCCUACGCUCCACCCACUCGACGGCCAUUCGAUCUGGAGGGCUUCAAUGAAACGGCUAAAAGGCUCUAUGGCUUUCCCUUGUUUGCGUACUGGUAUCUAUUUACAGCAGAGGAUGGACCGAAGGUCUUACAACAAAAUUUGAGUCGAUUGUAUGAUGCCCUACACGGACAAGGCGACACCUUGAAGGAAUUGUUUUGUGUCCCUGACGCCCUCCGCAAUUACCUUCUUCACGAAGAACGUAACAUUCCCAAUCGACCCUACGCACAAAACCUUGAAGCCAGAAAUGCCUUUAUUGAACGUUUUGAACGUGAUGGCUUUGAGGGGCCACAAUGCUGGUACCGAGCUAGGUAUCUCGGUUACCAAUACGAAGUCGAUAAGGAUCUUCCUGAAGACAGGGACAUUGUCAAUGUUCCAGCAUUAUUCGUGGGAGGCAAAGAUGAUUUUGUCUGCCGACCUGAGGCCCUACAGCCGCAGAUUGAGGCGGGACUACUCCCAAAACUGGAACAGAAACCUUUACUGGAUGCUGGUCAUUGGACUACACUUGAGGUCCCAAGAGAGUUGGUUGCUCAUAUCAAGCAAUGGUUGGAAAUGAAUUUUUAA